UCCACCGCCACAACAACGUCUCUGUAUUUUCUAUAUAUCACCCUAAAUUCAUUCUUGGCCAUCUAUUCUCUGUUCCUCAAGAUCCUCUUCAACAAAACACAUUCUUUCACACAAUGAUGAACCAAUUAUCAACCCCAUUGUUGUUAUCAUUCAAAACAAAAAAUGAAACUGACCAAACUACAAAAAUGUCAGAAUUGUCAGAAAUGUCAGACAGUUAUGACAUCCAAGAUUUCAAGAAUUCAGUUCCCAAAUGCAAGCCCUUUUCGGAUUACCAAUCUUACAAAUCACUGGCUGUGCUUUCGGGUCAUAUCGGAUCGAUUUCGUGCUUGGCCUUAUGUGGGGAGUUCAUUUUGAGUGCUUCUCAAGGCAAGGACAUUAUAGUUUGGCAACAGCCUGAUAUGAGGCAGUACACGAAGUUUGGACAGGGUGAUGGCUCUGUUAAGGCCCUUGUGACUGUGGGAAACAAUGUUUUUACGGCGCAUCAGGAUAGUCGAAUAAGGGUGUGGAAGGUCUCGAGGAGAUCAGAGAAUGUGUUUAGGUUGGUGGAUACAUUGCCUACUACUAAGGAUUAUUUGGGGAAAUUUAUGAAUCAGAAGAAUUAUGUGCAGACUAGGAGGAAUCAUAAGCAAUUGUGGAUUGAGCACACGGAUAGUAUCUCGUGCUUGGCGGUUUCAGGGGGGUUUAUCUAUUCGGGUUCUUGGGAUAAGACCUUGAAGGUUUGGAGGAUUGAGGAUUUUAGGUGUGUGGAGUCGAUUAAGGCUCAUGAUGAUGCGAUUAAUGGAUUGGCUGCGAGUAAGGGGGUUGUAUAUUCGGGUUCGGCUGAUGGGAGGAUCAAGGUCUGGGAGAGGGGGGUGAGGAAAAGUGGUCAUUGUUUGAAGGGGAUUUUGGAGGGGCAUAAGGAUGUUUCGUUUAAUUCUGUGAUUGUUUCGGAGGAUGGGAGGAUGGUUUACGGAGGGGGGUCGGAUGGGUAUGUGAUGGGGUGGUUGGGGAAUGAGGGUUUGGAUAGUUGGGUAGGUGUUUGUGAGGUGAAGGCUCAUGAAAUAGCUGUUUUGUGUUUGUGCUUAAGAGGGGAGAUUUUGUGUAGUGGCUCAGCUGACAAGAGUAUUGGGAUUUGGCGAAAAGAGAUGAAUGGGGGGCUGUUUAGAGUUGGGGUCAUCAGGGGUCAUGAAGGGCCUGUCAGGUGUUUGCAAGCCUCACCAAGUAGUGUUGGAGGAGGUUUUAUGCUUUAUAGUGGAGGCCUUGACAGAAGCCUGAGAGUCUGGUGGGUGCCUAAGUACUCCGUCGAUAAACCAGAUGCAAAAAAGAGUCCCGAAAAAAGGCUGAUACCAAUUUACUAGCACUGGUCCGUUUUAGAGUGUCUCAAGUGCUUUUCUUGGUCAUUAUGUUUGUUGUUUGUGAAGUAUCUGCAGGUGUUGUUUAGGUUUGGUUACAGGGAUAAGGCGAAAAUUAUACGAUACAAUACAGUAGGAUACAAGAUUGAUUUCUUUCUUUGUUUGACACAAUCUGUACAUUUGUUCGGAAGUGUGAACAUUUCUUGGUGUUAUUUAUUUUCAGUCAAUUUUUGUCACUGAUAUCCUGUAAACUCCAUUAUUGAUCUUCUUGUGAGAUUCCUAAGACAAUGUUGUGUUAAGCUUAA